UUCUAUGUCGUAUUUUUAAUUAGGCUCUAAAACUAAUAAAUAUUAAAUUUUCCGAAGAGAAAAAAACAAAGAAAAAAACAAAAGGGGGGCACAAUGGGUCACGUGACACACGUGCUUUAAGGCUUGAAGGAAAUGAGGGUUUUAGGUUCUCUCGUCAUUCCCUUAAACCCUUCUUUCACCCUCAUUUCCCAUUCUCUCUGCAACCGUACAGUUCCAUUCAUGAAUUGACACAUUCCUUCUUCGAUUCUAACCCCCAAUCCCUAAAUUCUUAAUGUAACCCUAACCUUAACCCUAAUCUAGUCCAAUCCACCAUGAAACCUCUCUGUGCAAGAGCCAUCUUCAUCUUCUCUUCACGCUCUCUCCUCAUCAAUUCAACUAACAAUGUUGAAAUUCUCCAACACGGCCUAAGAAUCUCCCAUUUCUCAACUUCCUUAAACCCAUUUCACUCUUCAUCAUCUUCCUCCUACCCUUGGCGACGCCAGGAAGAAGAGAGCCGAAAUGUGAGGGUUUCGGUGUGGUGGGACUUCGAGAACUGCACAGUACCAGCUGGUGUGAACGUAUUCAAAGUCGCCCAAAGCAUUACUGCUGCAAUUAGGGCAAAUGGGAUGAAGGGACCGGUUCAAAUCAUGGCAUUUGGCGAUGUGGUGCAGCUUUCGAGGUUGAACCAGGAGGCCUUGUCAUCCACGGGCAUCAAUCUCAAUCAUAUUCCUCGUGGUGGAAAAAACAGUGCUGAUAGAUCUCUUCUUCUUGACCUUAUGUAUUGGGUUUCUCAAAAUUCUCCACCAGCACAUCUUUUCAUCAUUUCUGGUGACAGGGAUUUUGCUACCAUUUUACACCGGUUAAGAAUGAACAAUUACAAUAUCUUACUUGCUAGUCCAGAAACUGCUCCUGGUGUCCUCUGUAGUGCUGCAAGUAUUAUGUGGGGCUGGAAUGACUUGGUUAAGGGGGAAAACCUUACUGGUAAGCAUUUUAAUCAACCCCCAGAUGGUCCUUAUAAUUCUUGGUAUGGCCAUUAUAAGAUGCCUCUUGAAGACCCGUUUGCUGUUCCUAAGCAGCCAGCUUUUCCACGGGCUGAGGAGCUGUCAGAGUCUGGUUCAGAUACUAAACUUCGUACAGUUCCAAAAGCAAUUGUGAAAAAGAUUUGUCAUAUAUUAAAUUCAUACCCCAAAGGGAUCGCCAUUACAGAUCUUCGUUUAGAGUUGUCAAAGGGUAAUGCGACUAUAGAUAAAGACUUGUAUGGUUAUAAAAAGUUCUCCCGCUUUCUUCUAUCAAUGCCACACAUUUUAAAAAUUCAAUCUGGGGGUGAAGGCCAAUUUUCCGUUUAUGGCAUUGUCCCAAGAGUUCCCGAACCAGUUGCCUCCCCUCCAGUCAAUGCUACAAGGGCUGUUACUAAUAAAGGAGAGUUAGGUUUCACAAUAACUCCUAAAUUAAAUGGUCAAAACAGCUCUACUGUUAAAGCUGUAUCUGAGAAGUCAUCACCGGUUCCAUACUCUCAAGUCAAUGUCAAGGAGCCUCCAACAAAAUUGCAUGAGCCUCCAACAAAAGUGCAAGAGCCAAAAACAAAAAUGCAAAAGCCACAAACAACAGUGCAAGACCCGCAAAUAAAAGUGCAAGAGCCACCUCCACUCAUCGAGAGGCAAAAUAAUGCUGAGAUAACUGAGAGGUAUUUGCAUUCUGAGGAGGAAUAUCAUUCUAUAUCCGAAUUAGAAUUCUUCAAAACGAUAUGGAGGAAAUGGUUUGGUUCUGAGAAGAAAAGUUGUAGCAUACAAGAGAGGAGUUCUUCUGGUGGGAGCACGGAGAGUACAAGAGCUGAAGAAAUACAUGUGAAGUCAACAAGUCAGAAGAGUGCUGAUCCUGUCGCUGUACUUUCUUUUUCUUCAUCUAAUAAUGAAGCAGAGAUGAAAGAAAAGACUGAUGAAAGCUCUGAGUCCUACGAUUAUAAAUCCAGAGGUGAUCCUGGUUUUUUUAACCAAAUGAUGAGCUGGUCUAAGUUUUGGAGGAGGAGCCCUAACUCCAGUAGUUCAAGUGAACAAUCUUGUGAAAAACUGAUAAGUUGUGAUCAAGGAGCCCUAACUCAAAAAGAUCAAAACUAAUGAUAUAUGAAAGAAUCAUAUAUCAUGAUCUUGGAAAGCAAGAAAUCUCUUGAAGAAAUCUUUCUGGAAUGACACGAAAGCAUUUAUGGAUACACCCAAGGACUAGGUACAUGCUUCUACCUGCUUUUCCAUAUCUAUUUUCAGCUUCUGGCUUCCAUUGAUAUAUAAUUUCCAAUCAAGCUUUUGGCAUUUUAUUUUAUUUUUUAUUUUUUUAUCAUUGAUGCAGAAUUUUUGGAACUAUUUCUUCCACAAUAAAAGUUCUAAGAAUGAAUUUCAA